GCUCUCCGAGGUCGCCAGCUGCGAGAUGGAGGAGACUUGUCUGGCGAAGCUGAAGCUCCUGCUCACUUCGAGAAUUGAUUGGGUGCACUUGCCCCGCGCCUGGUUCACAGUCAACGGCAGGCAUCGUGUAUUCAAGCUGUUGUCUAGGGCGCUGUGUUGCGUGCAAGAGCUGCUCCAUGUGCACCACGAGACGUACCCGUACCGUCUGUUCUUGUGUUUGAAGGACCCAACGUUCACCGAGGUCGUUCUGCACGAGCCCGACUGCCUUCUCACGUUGGAGUGGCGUGAGCGUUUUAAGUCGGAAGGGCUGUCCAGUGAUGCGGCGUUGGCGAUCCUGAAG